GUUAAAAACGUAACACGCCUAAAGAAAGAAGGAAAGAAAGAAAGAAAAAAUGAAUAUCCUUCGUUCGUCUGUCACUCGCACUACACCACUCGCCCGCUCCAUUGGACGCGUACCUAUUCGUCAGGCACGACUCGGUCAACGAACCUAUGCCCAGGCAACACCUAGCCCUAAGAAUGCCGGAACCAACACUCCCUGGUUCCUUGGCUCCUUGAUUGUGUUUGGUCCUCUCUUGUUCAAACUCACCUCGCCACCUCCCAAACAAAAGAAAAUCGAACAUACUCCUGUUGCCGCUACCGCUACCGCUACUGCUGCUGCUGACAAACCUUCCGAGCCUGUCAAAAACUCUGCCGUGAUUCCUACUGAAUCUACUUCCGACAGCAACAAAAGCACAAGCACACAAAAACCCAAGGUUCAGAAACCAUUUGUACUGAUUGGUGGUGGCACUGCUUCUUAUGCAGCCGCAAAGGCCAUUAAAGAAAAGGACCCUCUGGCAAACGUGAUCAUCAUUGCCGAAGAAGCCCAAGCACCUUACAUGCGCCCUCCGUUGUCAAAGGAACUCUGGUUCUCAGAGGAUCCCAAGGUUACCCAGACCCUGGUCUUCAAGGACUGGCAGGGACAUGAGCGCGAGACCAUCUAUCAGGAUGCAUCGCUUUAUGAAGUUCUCCAGGAUGCAGCUGGCUCAGACACACCUUCGGAAAAGGUCAAGUUGCUGCUCAACAAACGUGUUGUCAAACUCAAUAUCGACACUCACACUGUGACUUUGGAUGACGGCAGUGAAAUUUACUAUAACAAGGUAUUGUUGGCUACCGGUGGAUCACCCAAGAAAUUCCCUGGUGUCCAGGACGCAAAUGUAACCACAUUCCGUUCGAUCGAGGAUUUCAAGUUGUUGGACAGCAAGGCUAAAGAAGGUGCUCACAUUGCUGUUGUUGGAGGUGGUUUCCUUGGAUCUGAAUUGGCUGUUGCAUUGGCCCACAGAGAGGGUAACAUCAAGGUGACCCAAGUCUUCCCAGAAGAGGGCAACAUGGCAAAUGUGUUCCCCACCUACCUCACCAAGUGGACAACUAGCAAGGUUCGCGACCUUGGUGUGGAUGUGAAAUCCAACAAGUCCAUCAAAUCUAUUAACUCUGGCAAGGAUGGGAAGGUCGUACUUGACUUGGGAGAUGAAAAGUUGAGCGUUGACCAUGUGGUUGUGGCCAUUGGUCUCGAGCCCCGUGUCGACCUGGCCCGUCAGGCUGGUUUGGAGAUCGAUGAAAAGAGAGCUGGUGUAGUGGUCAAUGCUGAACUGGAAGCCCGCUCGGAUGUAUUUGCUGCUGGUGAUGUCGUGUCUUUCCAUGAUGUCCAAUUGGGUCGUCGUCGUAUUGAGCAUCAUGAUCAUGCUGUAUUGAGUGGAAGACACGCCGGUGAAAACAUGAUUGGUGGGUCAAAGCCUUUUACUCAUCAGUCCAUGUUCUGGUCUGAUCUUGGCCCUGAGAUUGGUUAUGAGGCUGUUGGUCUUGUGGAUUCCCAGCUGUCUACUGUAAGUGUGUGGGCAAAGGCUACUUCGAAGGAUACUCCCGCUGUCGGAGCUGGAUCUGAAGCCGAGAGUCCUCGUACUGCUGCCUUGGGAUCUGAUGCACCUAUUUCUGCUGCUCCCGUUUCACCUAUCCAGGUUGAUCUCAAAGAUGAAAAGUUUGGCAAGGGCCUUGUAUUUUAUGUUCGCGACCAAAAGAUCGUUGGUCUUUUGUUGUUCAAUGUGUUCGGAAAGGUUCAGGAAGCUAGAGACAUCAUUAAUGCUGGAUAUACAUCAGACAAGAUUGACGGCCUUUUGAAGCAGUUCGAUCUUCACAGUGAAUCCCAUUAGAUAUAGAAUAAAUACAAAAAAUAAAAAUAAACCAACAAAUCAAAAUCAAAAACGUAAAAAUAAAUGUAUAUCAGAAACUUAUUACAAUAAC